AUGCUGGAGCGAGAACCGUCCAUGACUCACACGAUCGAGUGCCUGCACGUGCAUGGGACGGCUGAGAGGAAGGGCCGGCGAGUGCGGUGGGGUGACGAAGCGGGCUUGUCGCUUACGGCUAUUCGAGAAUACGAGCCAAGCGAUACGAAACAUCCGGAUGACCUGGCGUGGUGGGAGAUGGAGGACGACGAUGAUGACGUGUGCAGCUGCGCCAUGCAGUGA